UUUACUGUAAUAUUUUUUAGCAUGUGGUUACUUUGAUUAUGUAUGUUAAAUAAUUUUAUGAAAAGGUAUCUAAUCAUGGUCGGCGAUAAUAACAUAGAAAGAAGCUGGAAAUGUAUUAAAGUAAAUACAGAAAUUCAAAAUGCCAUUAAGGAUCUUGGAUUUAAAUCGAUGACUCCAGUACAAGCAGCAUGCAUCCCGCUUUUUCUCGCAAAUAAAGAUGUUGUUGUUGAAGCAGUGACAGGCAGUGGGAAGACAUUAGCAUUCGUUAUACCUCUCUUAGAAAUUUUACUACGUAAAACUUCCCUAAAGAAGAAAGAUGUCGGUGCUAUAGUAAUAUCACCAACGAGAGAACUUGCUACACAAACUGCAGAAGUCCUUGAACAUUUUCUAAAGUACGUCCCUCAGUUCACGUAUAUGUUAUUAACUGGUGGAUAUAAACCAACAGUAGACAUAAAUAAAUUUCAAGAAAAUGGAGGUAAUAUUAUCAUAUCUACACCUGGUCGAAUUAUGGAUAUAUUUACAAGGAAGACUGAUAUGUUUAAUUUUGCUGCAAAUGUAAAAACCCUAGAAGUUUUGAUAUUAGAUGAAGCUGAUCGGUUACUUGAUCUUGGAUUUGAAUCAAGUAUAAAUGACAUAUUGAGUUAUUUGCCAAAACAGAGGCGAACUGGUUUGUUUUCUGCUACACAGACUAAAGAAGUUAAAGAUUUAGUUCGAGCUGGUUUGAGAAAUCCUGUUUGGAUUGCAGUGAAAGAAAAAUCUUCUUUGGGAAAUGAUCAACGAACUCCUUCCACAUUGAGUAAUUAUUAUAAAAUCUGUGAAGCAGAUUCAAAAUUGAACUGGUUAGUAAAUUUCUUAAAAAACAGGCCAGAGGAGAAACAUCUUGUAUUUUUUAGUACAUGUGCUUGUGUUGAUUAUUUUUCAAUAAUUCUAACUCAUCAUCUGAAAAAUAUAAAUGUACAAAGUAUUCAUGGGAAAAUGAGAAAUAAAAGACAGAAAAUAUUUAAUGAAUUUAGGAAAAGAAACAAUGGUGUAUUAAUCUGUACUGAUAUUAUGGCUCGUGGAGUUGACAUUCCAGAUAUAAAUUGGGUGAUACAGUAUGAUCCUCCAAGUUCUGCUAGUGCUUUUGUUCAUCGCUGUGGAAGAACUGCAAGAAUAGGAAAUAUGGGAAAUGCUCUACUUUUGUUGUUACCAACAGAAGAUGCUUAUAUUAACUUUUUAAAGUUAAAUCAAAAUGUUGUAGUUGAAGAAAUAAAAUUAAUUGAAAUCUUAGAAGAUAUAUUACCUGACGUAAGAAAGUAUGCAAUGAAGGAUAGAGAUUUUUUUGAUAAAGGAAUGAGAGCCUUUGUCUCAUAUGUACAAGCUUAUGCCAAACACGAGUGUAAUUUAUUGUUUCAAAUUAGAGAUUUAGAUUUUGGUAAAUUAGCACAAGGAUUUGGGUUGUUAAAAUUGCCACGAAUGCCUGAGUUGAAAGGUAAACGUGUUGGAAAUUUUCAGCAGACAAGUAUUGAUUUUAAUUCAAUUCCUUACAAAGAUAAGGAAAAAGAAGAUGAGAGACAGAGAAGUUUAGAACAGUAUAGAGCAACAGGAACAUGGCCUAACAAAAAAAAACACAAUCCAAAUAAAGGCUCUUGGUCAAGGAAAAAAGAAAAAAUUAAGUUAAAAAAAGAGAAAAAAGCAAAAAGAGCACUUAAAAGAAAGAGUUCUCAUCAGUUCACUGAUAAUGAUUUAGAGGAACUUGCACAAGAUACCAGAUUGAUGAAGAAGUUUAAAAAAGGAUGCAUUACAAAGGAAGAAUUUGAUAAGGGUUUUUGUGAUGAAGUAAAAGAAACUGAAGAUGUAACUGCUUGAAAUCAAUAAAUUGAAAUACUUUCUAAUGUAAAAAAUUGAUCAAUAUGAUGAUGAUUUUUAAGAAAAGCUGUGCUAGAUUUUUUUGCAUAUCCCAAUAAUUUGCCAAAUAAGCAAAAUAUGUUAUUUUCACUGUGUGUACAUAUAUAAAUAUAUCUAUAAAUCAUACAAAAGAAACUUGUUAGAAAUGUUACAAAUGACAAAAACUAUUUAGUGUUUUUAUUAAUUGAUAAAUUAUAUAUAUUUCUAAUGAAUAAAGAUAUGUUGAUUUUUAGAUAUUAAAAUAUGUCAUAUUCCUAAAUUACAAAUAAGUUAUUUAUUACAAAUAAUUUUAGACAAUUUUAGAACUUAGAAUGUACUAAAACAAUUUAAUUUAUUACUACUGCAUUAAUGGAUAAGUAUUAGCAAGUUGAAUUUUUGAACUUAAGUGACGAGUA